ACACCUCUUCGUCUUUCCUCCUCUCUGACUGACGAACCGGUUACUGAAAGCAAAAAGCGACGAAACACGUUCAGACAACCGAGAGUUUAAUCGUUAUUUUAAAUUUUCUGCUUCUGUUUCAGAGGUGUCCGUUUGCAAACAGAGUGUAAUUUACUCUGUUCAGCUUUAACUUACAUUUACGGUCGAGGAAGACUCCUGUCUGUCCUCAUCCAUCGGUGUUGUAACGUUAGCUGAAGGAAACAAACCGAUACCGUUAAUUUUAUCGGUUCUGUUGUUUGUUGUCUUCGCCUUCCUCCUGCUGCCUUCACUGACAUGGCUGCUAAUCCUCCAGGACAAGCCUUUCCCAACAAGGCCCGGGUUGCGAUCCUGGCUGAGCUGGAGAAGGAGAGGAGGCGGCUGAUCCAGAGUCAGUCCAUGAACACUCCUGGAGCCAGCAUCUCGCUUUCCAGACCGAGUCUGAAGGAGUUCAGGGACAACGCAGAGCAGCAGCACAUCGCUGCUCAGCAGAAAGCCGCCCUGCAGCACGCUCACACACACUCAUCAGGCUUCUUCAUCACUCAGGACUCGUCUUUCGGUAACCUCAUCCUCCCCGUCCUUCCUCGCCUGGAGCCCGAUUCGUGACCUCCGACCUCCCCCCUGAUCUCCCCCGCUGUGAGAAAACUCUGCUGCCCAUCAGCCUCUCCCUGUGAUUAAUAGACGUGCUGUGAACCGUGUCAGGGGAGUGGGAAUCUGUCGCUUUUACAUUUUCCAGACUAACAAGCUGGCUGCUGAUUUGGGGGAAGCUUUCCAAAGAGCUGGAAGACGGUGCCAAAUAGUUAUAAAACAUCCUGAUAAGUCGUCUGCAGGCUGAAGAUCUCCAUCAUCUCCUUAAAACACACAUUCUGUCAGGAUUUUUUUUUACAUUUCUGAUUGUUUUGUAUUGAUCUCUGGGUAAUAAAAGCGAAGCAUUCAGUUGA